CCCGCCACCUAAUCACCCUCCAGUCGGGCAUAGACCACAACCUAACGGGACUUUUUUAAAAUUACGUUCACGGUCGCUGAAAAGUUGGAUAUCAGGCUCAGAAGGGGAACUGUGACUAGAAAACGACGUGCCAAGACGCAACAGCCAGCUAGAUAUCUGGUUGAGGGACGCUGACAGGAGACACCAUUACUGGAGCGGUGUGGAAGAAAUCAUUUCCUCUUUUCUUUUCAUGUACUUUACAAUCCAAACCAAUAGAGGUCACAUUUAGGUCCUGCAUGUAUUCAAUGCGCGAGCUAUAAGACCUUUUCUGUGGACAUGGGGAAUGGAAUGAAUAAGGUUCUGCCAGAACUCUAUCUAGGAAACUUCAAAGAUGCGAGAGACAGGGAGCUGCUGAAGCAACACAACAUCACCCACAUCCUGUCCAUCCACGACACGGCUGCGCCCAUCCUGGAGGACUUUACAUAUCUUUGCAUUCCUGCUGCUGACCGCUCCAAACAAAAUCUGAUUCCUUUCUUCAAAGAGAGCAUCGGGUUCAUCCACGAGUCUCGCCUGAAGGGAAAAGGUUGCCUGGUUCACUGUGUGGCAGGCGUGUCCCGUAGCGUGACUCUAGUGGUGGCCUACGUCAUGACGGUGACAGGAAGGGGGUGGGUGGAGUCACUGGCGGCGGUGAGGGUGGCGAGGCCAUGCGCCGGACCCAACCUGGGCUUCCUGCGCCAGCUCGAGGAAUUUGAGAACUUUCAUCUCUCCGAGUACCGGGCAUGGCUCAAAGACAGGUAUGAAGAGAGCCCCUUCAGUGAUGAGGAGCACAUCACAACCCUGUUGUCCCAGAAGCCUCAGGGCCCCAGUGACUUCCUGACCAUCGACCGUGUCGCACCAUUGGGCACCGGCAGCACAUGAGCCCGCCUAAUUCCCCCGAGGCCAGUCCCUCCACAAAUCAUCGACAUCGACAGCCAAUCACUGUGGCUUGACUGUGGUUGUUCAACAAACUUUGAUUUUGUCCAACAACCCAAAAAACCCUUCCUCUCCCGGAGCUCUUGGAGAGCUAUGUGAGAAUGUGAGGAGAUGGGGGACUGUUUCGUGAAAAGGUUGGAAAGCUGGUGACUUCUUGAAACAAUCUCUUUCCCCGCGUAGGUGUACAACUUCCUUUCACCAUUGCAGUAUCUGUGCUGCUUCUACCUUCCUUUAACCCCCUCUUCCCUGGACUGCCCACCUGACAUAAAAUAAUACUUUUUGGGUCAUAUGUUUGAACUUGGCCCUGGGGGGGAUUUCUCAGCGAUCCCCCCAUGUGAGAUCUGGGUCCUUUUUGACACACUCUUUUCUUUCCACCAACUGCCACUGCAACAUGCAAGAGCAGCCAUGCUCAAAGCCCUGGAACUGAACUACUAGAAUACAUACAGACGCAAACACACUCGAGAUUGGAUCCAUUUAAUGUCUACUCGUAUCACACACUCCAUCUCUGUGUGUCUGUGUCUUGUUCCCGUGUCAUUAAAGUUGAUUUCUUAAA